AUGUUCCAAGUCUCGGUCGCUUUUCUUGUGCUGGCCUGGUUCGCUGUGAGCAUGCGUGUGUACGCAAGAGCCGUUGUUCUACGAUCAUUCCAUUGGGACGAUUUUUUCAUUCUUCUCGCGUUAUGCGUGUUCACGGCUUGUUGUUCGUGUCUCAUCGCCAUCGAGAACAUCCAAAAGAGUGAUGCUGCAAGCACAGCGUUAUUAAACGGGCUUGAGGCACAACUCGGGCUGAUUGACACAAUCUUCGGUCUCAUCAUGGGCUUCAUGUCUCUUUACAUUGUUACAACAGUCGUUCUCAAGCUCGCCCUCGCUAUCUUCUUCCUUCGAAUCAUACCUGAGAAUUUCUCCUGGCAACGGAAGGUCAUAUACAUCGCGACAGGGAUCUACACCACUUAUGGCCUGGCUUUCACCUUCAUCAUUGUUUUUCAAUGCGGUAAUCCGGCCGACUUCUUCAUGCAAGAAGCCAGGAAAGCGUGCAUGUCGGACACUAUACUACAGCCCUUAUACUACGCCGCUGGUGGCAUGAACGCUUUGACAGACUGGCUCUUCUCACUGCUCCCGGUGACGGUAAUCUGGAGUGCAGCUAUCCCUAAAUCCACAAAAAUAUCUGCAGGAUGUCUGCUUGGUCUUGGCUCUCUGGCAAGCAUCGCCUCAUUGAUCCGUCUGGCAUAUAUUCCUGGUAUUGAGGCACGGCCGACCUUCUUGGAGCAUUCUGUUUCUAUCGCGUGUUGGAGCAUAGUUGAGCCAGGACUGGGCAUCGUUGCGGCCUCCCUAGCGACUCUUCGCCCUCUGUUCCGG